GUCUCACAAAUGUCAUUUAAAGUCAUGUCAAAAUUUCGGUCAUACUGAUUUCAAAUUAUUGACAAAAAUUAAUUGUGGAACAUUUUAAGAUGAAUUAGGAAGCAUUUAAUUAUAUAACGGAAAUAUGGGAAGUCGUCAAAGUCUUCAGAAACGUAAAGAUGAUUCUGUAUUAAACGGCAAUAUUUACAAAGAUGUUCAAAUUCCCGGAGAUGUUUCGAGAGUUAUUUCAAAGUUCAUUUUGGCACUCUCCGAUGGAUACUUCUAUCCGUGCAUGAUUAUGAGACCGACUACGGAUGGCUAUGUGGUCUACUUUUUUUACUUAAAAGAAGAGCGAGAAAUACCAUCGAACGUAAUCAUUGGUAAUCUGUGGUAUUUGAUAAAUUGCGAAGUUUCGUUUACUGAUAUAAAUGGGAACAUCGCAACCGGACGAAUCGUUGGAACGGAUUUCAAAUCUACAGAUACAGAUCGCGAACAACCAAUGAAUUUUUUUAUUUACUGUAACGACGCUUGCAGAACAAUUUCAUUCCCUUACAUAUUUUUGUCUACACAGCAGGCCAGGAUGUUAUGCGGAUAAUUUUUUUUUUUGGAAUGUAAAUACAAUCCGUUUUGAUAAGAUUAUUAAAUUUUUGGUUUAAAGUGAAACAAAACAUUACAAUCACCCUAACAUUUUCAAACUGUAACAGCAUAUUUGUUUUUUUUUUU